UAUACACUCUUGGAGGAAAAACCAAAAGGAUUUUUUAUCGGCAAGAUCUCUGAUAAUGUUGAUCUUCCACUUGUUUUGACAGACAAUGCCACAGAAUCGCUCCGUUAUAGCUUUUUAACUCAAGGUUAUCCACACAGCGCGUUCUUUAACUUGACAAAAGACGGUCUCCUCUACACAUCAAAACAGUUGGAUAGAGAAGAUCUUUGCGGAUUUAUGGACACAUGCAUCUUAGAAGCCGAAAUAGCAAUUCAAUCAACAGUGAACCAAUUUUUUAGGAAAGAAAAGUUAACAGUUAUUUUACAAGAUAUAAAUGACCAUUCGCCGACAUUCAGCAGCGAUUCAAUAACACUCAAAAUUUCAGAAGCAGUUUCUGUCAACUCGUCCUUUAUCUUAGAAAGUGCCUUGGAUCGUGAUGUCGGAGAAAAUUCGCUUCAGGGAUAUAAUCUGGUGUCUGAUACUGAUAAUUUUGGCAUACGCGUAACUAAAACCCUGGACGGUGGAACAGUUGUAAGUCUUGUUGUGCUCCGUCCUUUAGAUCACGAAGAGCGACAUUUCUAUGAAAUCGUGAUUGUUGCCAAAGAUGGUGCUAAUCCACCAAAUACAGGUGCUCUUUCUGUGAACAUUUCCGUAGUUGAUGUAAACGACAACCCUCCAGUGUUUGCUGCACAGAAAUAUAACACAACUGUGAAUGAGAGUGCUCCUAUUAAUACGAGUGUAACUCAAGUUAAGGCAACUGAUCGCGACUCUGGUAUCAAUAAUGUUUCUCAAUAUCGUUUCAGCCCUCUUGUGCCACGGGACGUCAAAAAGUAUUUUCACUUGGAUAAAUCCUCAGGGAAGAUUACCGUCUCAAAAUCUCUACACCCUAUUCAGGGACAAACUAUGCAAUUUAUUGUGGAAUGUUUGGAUGGAGGAUCACCUCCUUUAGUUGCGCAAGCUCAAGUAACUAUCAACGUUGAAGAUUCAACUAACAAUCCACCAUCGAUCAACUUAAAUCUUUUUGAAAAUGCUGAAGUUUCUGAAAAUGCUUCGCCUGGACUGACUGUUGGUCAUGUUGCAGUGUUAGAUCCAGAUUCUGAUCAGAAUGGGUUAGUUCGUUGCUCUCUUUUUGGCGAUUCCUUUGAUAUCCAGGGUUUGGGACUAAACGAAUAUAGAGUAAUUGUGGCCAGAAAGCUUGAUAGAGAAAGGAAAGCUACACACAAGAUAGUUUUAACUUGUAAAGAUGCAGGGAAACCCCAACUUAAUGACACCAUUUCAUUCCAAAUUAAAAUACGAGAUGAAAACGACCACGCACCGAUCUUCCGACAAAUGAAGUAUACAGGGAACAUAAGUGAAAACACAAGCCCAGGCCAGUUGAUACUUAAGGUAUCUGCCUUUGACAAAGACAUUGGCGAAAAUUCUCGUAUAACGUACAUCAUACCGAAAAGUGACGAACAUGGCAUAAAAAUUGACGAACAUGGACAAAUUAUUUCAGAUCGUGUUUUUGAUAGAGAGAAUACAUCUCAAAUUACGUUUCAAGUCAUCGCUAAAGAUAAUGGAUACCCUGUACAAAAUGCGUCUUGUACAGUCACAAUCUUUGUAAUGGACGUUAAUGACGUUAGACCUAAAUUUCAGAAACCGAGAUAUUUAUUCAGAACGGACGAAAAUCGACUCUCUGGAACAAUAAUUGGUCGAAUCAAUGCAGAUGACGACGACGAAGGUUUAAACGGUGAAAUACUAUACAGUAUUCAGCUAAAAUUUGAAGAAUUAGAAUACUACCCAAUUAAAGUAACAUCUGAAGGUACAAUACGAACAACAUUUCCACUGGAUCGUGAAAUAAAAUCUCGGUACGAAUUUUCUGUUAUUGCCUCUGAUCGUGGAACACCGUCACUAUCGUCUUCCGUAGAAGUAAUUGUUGAAGUGAACGACCAAAACGACCAUGCACCAGAAUUCGUUUCACCAAGCUCCACAAAUCAUUCUUUGUCAGUACCGUUUCACAUGCACACUAAUUAUGCUUUGUUCACAGUUAUUGCUAAAGACAAAGACGAAGGCGCAAAUGCUUAUUUAGAAUUUAUACUUUUUCCCGAAGAUGGACACGGUAUGUUUAAAAUUGAAUCCAAAUCAGGCGUCAUUCGCUUAUCUAGAUUUCUCACUCCAAACGAUAUAGGAAUAUUUGAACUUGAAGUUAUUGUUCAAGAUCUCGGCCGGCCAUCCUUAAAUUCGUCUGUGAACUUCAACAUAACAGUU